AUGCUGUUUAGAUAUCUCACGCCAGGACAGGCGCUGAAGCAUACAGUUCUGUUCACGACAAGCAGCAUACGCUGGAACGUAUACAAGCCACAAACCAUGUCUCUGAGACGUUCGGCACGCGUUGCAAGCAGCACUGCGCCAGCAGCACCGGGUGUAAAUGGGCAAAAUGGCGUUACAGAGAAUGGAAAAGCCAGCAAAUCCAAGGCGCCGGCAAAGAAGCGCAAGGCUUCCAAAGCAGCGCCUGAAUCGCAACCACCACAGGAUCCAACCAAGAACACCAUAGUCACCACGGAUACUGGAGAGCAUUUAGAACAGUCGAAUUCAGAUAUCACGCCUCCAUCUAAUACCGCCACCACGCCAGCACCCAAGAAACGUAAAUCAAAAUCAACAGCAAAACCAGCUGGAAACCCACCGCCAGCCACGCCUCCAGCCGUUGGACUUGUAUCCAAAGAAAACACAGGCUCGCCCCUCCCAGACCCCUCGGACAAGAUGCUCUCCAAGCAGGCGCCGCGCCCCGCGGAGCCCCACGCCACCAACGCACCGCUCGCGACGCCCAACGGCUCGCACACCAUCGAAGCCUAUGGCUCUCCUACCGUCAAGCCGCCAGACGCAACUCCCGCUCGGAAGCGCAAAGCCAAGGACCCAGUUGCCCCGGACGUGGGCGCCAUCCCCAGUCCAACCACGGACAUUGACCGGCUGCUCAAGGACGCGGAAGCCCAUCUCGUGAGCGUGGACCCAGCCCUGAAACCGCUCGUCGAGAAGCACCAGUGCAAGAUGUUUAGCCCCGAGGGGCUGCGCGAAGUCGUGGAUCCGUUUACGAGGUUGAGUACGGGCAUCAUUGGACAGCAGGUAUCAGGCCAAGCAGCUGCAUCCAUCCGCGCAAAAUUCACAGCGCUGUUUCCGUCGACGCACCCAGAGUUCCCCAGUCCCGCUCAGGUCCUCGACAUGUCGCUUCCGACGCUGCGCACGGCGGGCCUCUCGCAGCGCAAAGCAGAGUAUAUCUACGGGCUUGCGGAGAAAUUCGCGGCGGGCGACCUCUCUGCGGAAAUGCUCGUCAAUGCCAGCGACGAGGAGCUGAUUGAGAAGCUGGUUGCAGUCCGGGGCCUGGGGCGAUGGAGUGUAGAAAUGUUUGCAUGUUUCGGGCUCAAGAGGAUGGAUGUGUUUAGCACGGGCGAUCUGGGCGUGCAGCGCGGCAUGGCCAUUUACGCAGGCCGCGACGUGAAUAAACUCAAAAACAAGGGCGGAAAGUGGAAGUAUAUGACGGAGCAGGAAAUGCUUACCAUAGCUGCUAGAUUCUCGCCUUACAGAUCCCUCUUCAUGUGGUACAUGUGGCUUCUCUGCGAUGUUGACAUCAGCGUCCUGGAAAAGUAAUGAUGGCUUUUGUUACCAUGCAUCCAGUGCAUGUCAUGUAUGUAGAUCAUCAGACAAGAUACCACAACAAGAGUACUGGCAC